UUGGGAGCAACCGCGGUGCACGGAUCGAACGCGUUUCGACAUUCGACUUUCCCCCAACGGGCUCGUCAAUUCCGUUCAACGGGAAAAGUUAGUAGAGUGAAUUUCCUUACGGCAACAAAUUCCUUUUCCACCCGCCUCUUUAAAUAUCGUCGUGGAAGAAGGUUAAAAUUCAAGACUGGAUUGCUACUUUCCUCGAUAUAUCGAGAUCCAUCGUGGUGAGAAAUAUUCAGAAGAGGAUAGAAAUUGCGAAGGAAAAUGUGCAAGGCACGCCGCAUUCCCGCGCAAGAGAUCAUCGUCCCGCCACCUGCACGAAUGGUAACCUUCUCCCUCGAAACUUGGACAUCCCCCUCCUACGUGAGCACCGCUUUGCUGGUUCUCGUGAAUCAGAAACACCAAUAAUCAAGAAAAAGAAGAAGAUUCGAUCGCGUGAAAUAUAGUGCGCGUCUCCAAGUAAUAAAGACCGACUCGUUUAUAUACCAACAAUUAUAAUUAUGCUUCGCGUCUAUCGCAACGCGUAAAGUUUCGAAGCAAAUUAUUCCGAGCAAUUAAUUUUGACAAAGCUAAAAAUGGCGGAAAUACCGGCCCCCGUCCACUGUUACACGAAUCCCUCGUUUUGCCGUCAAUCUGAAUACAUACCGGAGGAUCGGGGCGGCGGCGACCUGCCGCCGCCUCCUCAAUUUCAAUGCGGCGACGAUCUACCACCGCCGCCCCCUCCGUUGCAACUGCAGUGCAACGGCGGCCAGACGAAUCCCGCGUUUCAAGAAAUCGGCGAGAGCAGAAGGGCGGAGAGGUGCGGGGAGGCGGGCGGAGGCAGAUACGGUUGCUACCUCGAAAACGGUAACAACUCGGCGCAUCGAAGGUAUGGAAGCGUUCCGUUCGAGGAACGCCGGUACAACCAAGGUUCAAGGUACGAGUACAUAGAGGAUAUAGAGGAGAGGAGCGACGUGCAGAGAAGGGGUUCCCUGAGGUACCCCGAGUUGAUUCCGCGCCAGCAGGUGCAGCAACGUUCCGCACCGGCGGCCAACCAAGACGACGGGCGGGAACCGCAGAUGCCCGGUUGCCGGAACAACAGCGGUGGAAGAUACGCCGUUGUACCGGGUGAUCAGGAUUACCAGGACGAGGAAGCAGCGUGGAGCACGGUGAAGCGCGUAUCCUCGACGCGGAGGCAUAUCAACACGCCGCAAGGGCGUUACAGCAGGGUGCCGUUGCAAGAGGAGGAACCGCCUGCUCUGCCGGAACGAAACGGUCAGGAACUGUCCACCUCGCCCAAGAAUAACUUGGCCACGCAAAAAUUGCACGAGAUAUUGGCCACACCCAGGAAGCCACCUCGAUCCAGAUCCGAGGAGAGGACGUUAUCUCCAAAGAGGCAACACUCGUUCAAUCAAACCGGUACGCCACAAAGAAGAGCCCUCACCCCAGCUGGUUCCCCAACCGGUCGAACGUUCAGCCCUACUCGUUCCACGCCGCAUGGAACUCCUCAAAAUCGUACAUUCACCGGGGGGCUUCACACUUCAACCCCGAACAAAGAGCCAUCCGCACGAAGAUGCCUACCAUUAUUGGAAAACCCGUCCCGCCAACAGGAUGUUUGCCCGGCCAGCAAUUGUGGAAGGCUACGUUACAUUGGAACAGCUCCGGUCGACCUUGUGACGAUGGGUCAUGGUGACCCACCGCCUCGUUACGCAUACAUGGAAAAUGGACUAGAAUCUAUGCCGAUGGUGUCCGGUUCACCGAGGUAUCAAGUAAUACCUGCUGGACAGAAAAGGAACGGGUAUCAAAGCGUGGAAAGUGCCUUCAUCGCUAGAACCGCAGUUGUCCCGCCGCUGUCACCGCCGAACAGCGACGCCAACACAACCUUGGCCAGCGGUCUGGAGAAGAACGACAGAAGAAACGCGCCGUUCUUAUUGGUCCUGGUUGGAAUUCUAACCUGCGGUUUGGCGCUCUACUUGUCGUGGACGCAAGGGAGAAGGUCGAAAUUCGUUUCCAGGUAUUACUACGACAGCGCGGCUGGUUGUGGCGCGUGUUGCGCAUUGGCAGGCGCUUGCAGAACGUUGAGAAAGACUUGGACAGGACUUGGACUCGCGGGAUUGUCGGCCCUCAGUUGCGCAGGCCUUUUGUUGCUCGCCGCCAAAUCUCCCAAACCUGGCACACCUCUCCACGACGUCACGGCCGGCGCUUUGUGCGGCGUUUCUUUGCUCGGCGCCGUUCUCGCUCUGCUCGCGCUUCUCUCACCAAGGUGCAAUUUAGGCAGACACAGAAGGGUGCAUUCUUGGAUACCUCGUCUCUCGCCUUGAUUUCGUCAGAUUCUAUUCUUCCAGAUGUUUGAUAUUCUUGUUUAAGAAUAAUUCCAGCCAAAAAUUUAUUAACUGGAACUCAUUUUUGAAACUGUUUGAAACUGUUGACCGAUUCAGCAACGUUGAAAUCCUAGUCUGCCAAGUCAAGAGUUGAAUUAUUAUAUGGGAAUAACAGGGAAGAGGGUAUAACGUAAGAAAACGAUUUAAACUGUCGACGUGACAUUAUCGAUCUUAAGAUAAACGAACUUGUAAUCCAUGCUCAUGAAAAUUACUCAAGUACAAUAUUUUUCCACGAUCUUGUAUAUUUUGUAACGAUUUUUAAAUAAAAAUUUCCGAAAAAAAAA